CGCAGAGUACAACCCUGCCGCGAGCGCAGUGUUGCGACCCUGUGCUGUCAGACACGCAAGAGAGAAAAAGUUGAGUUUAUGUAGAGACGCCAGAGAAUAAACAACACUAGUUUGUAGAAGCAAAAAAACACGUGUUUUGCUAGCUGCUAAACACAGCAUUUUGGCGACGAGGUUUAUCCUCCAAAGUGAUCUAACGUCGGGAUCGAAGAGCCAUGUCCGGCAACGGAAGUGAUGACAGUGACGAUGACCAACAAAAGGAUUUCCCUGGAUUCAAGGAUCCGGCGACGCAGGAGUUGCUGAAGCAAAUGGCCGACAACAAUGCUCGGCUAUUGCAGCUACUGGAACGGCUCUCAACGCAGCCGGCGGCACAAACAGCGAAUCCUGCGCCGGUCCAAAGGAGGCCGGAACAAAUCAUCGAAUCCCUGUCAUCGGUGAUUAAGGAGUUUUGUUAUGAUCCGGAGGCUGGCAUGUCGUUCGAUCGGUGGUACAACAAAUAUGACGAUCUCUUCGAGGAGGAUGGCAAAGAGCUCAACGAUGCGGCGAAGAUUCGACUUCUUCUUCGUAGCUUGAGUGUUCCUGUGCACGAAAAGUUUUUGAGCUAUCUUUUGCCAAAGCACCCACGCGACUACAAGUUCAAGGAGGUGGUAGACAAGCUGAAGGCCAUUUUCGGAGUUAACAGAUCCCUGUUCAGCAAGCGUUACGAUUGCCUUCGACUGGCCAAGAGCGACGCCGAUGACUACAUCACGUUUGCCUCGCUUGUGAAUCGACACUGCGAGGAAUUUGAGCUGCCGCAAUUGAAAAUCGACCAGUUCAAAGCGCUGGUGUUCAUUUGUGGUCUGCAGUCAUCUAAGGAAGCCGAAGUACGAACCAGACUUCUGUCUAAGCUGGAAGCGGAAGGAGCUACAGAGAUCAACUUGGAGGCGCUCAUUACCGAGUGUCAGCGUUUGUCGAAUCUUAAACACGACACCGCGCUGGUGGAAAAUCCGCAAUCCGCAGUGGUUCAAGCCGUCACGUCGCAGCAGCCGCCCGCUUCGGUUCAAGCUGUAGCAGCUCACCAGCGGCACAGGUCGCCGAAGCCAAGCACAGCGGAAGUCGCGAAACACCCAGCAGAAGCAGUACCACCGUCACCUUGCUGGCAGUGUGGAGCAAUGCACUUCGUAAAGGAGUGCCCUUACACCGAACACACGUGCAGGCAGUGCCACAAGCAAGGGCACAAGGAAGGAUACUGCAACUGCGUAAACAGAACCAGCAGUUCAGGACAAAGUGACUCCAACAAGCAAUUCCGGAAGCAGAAAAAGAAACCGGCGCAGUCGAACCAUGUCCACGUAAUCAACAACAUUGGCAACCGCAGAAAAUACGUAACUACUCGUAUCAACAACAACGUGGUUAAACUACAGCUGGACUGUGGAUCGGACAUCACAGUCAUUUCGGAGCAAUCCUGGCAGAUCUGUGGAUCUCCUGCGCUCGUUCCGACUCUGCACCGGGCCAACACAGCUUCGGGUCAGCCGUUACCGAUCGUCGGUGAAUUCAACUGCGCUAUGAAGAUUGGGGAGGAAUCGCGGACCGGAGUUUGCUACGUCACGUCGGUGAAAGGACUCAACUUGCUGGGCCUUGACUUCAUUGACUCGUUCGACCUCUGGAGCAAACCGCUGACUACCGUUUGCAAUCAGGUAAAUCGUUCCAAUUUGAUCAAUCCUGCUAGCCGGUACCUCACCCGAUUUCCUGAAGUUUUCAGUGACACGCUGGGGCACUGCACCAAAACUAAAGUGAAACUUUACCUCAAGGCUGACGCACAACCCGUGUUCCGGCCAAAGCGACCGGUGCCGUUCCAUGCCGUUGAGUUGAUCGAUGCCGAGCUGGACCGGUUACAACAACUGAACAUCAUCACGCCAGUAGAUUAUGCUGACUGGGCUGCUCCAAUUGUCUCGGUCAGGAAACCAGGAGGUAAAAUCCGGAUAUGUGCGGAUUACUCAACUGGCCUGAACGCGGUGCUGGAAUCGCACCACUACCCGCUGCCAACGCCAGACGACAUCUUCUCGAAGCUCUCCGGAAGCAAGAUCUUCAGCAUCAUUGAUCUAUCAGACGCCUACCUGCAAGUUGAGGUGGAUGAUGACUCGAAGAAGUUGCUGACGAUCAAUACUCACCGUGGACUGUUCCAGUUCAACCGGCUGUCGCCGGGAGUAAAACCAGCAACGGGAGCAUUCCAGCAGCUAAUGGCCAAGAUGUGCGCUGGGCUCAAGGGAGUGGACAACUUUCUAGAUGAUUUCAUCAUCUACAGCGCCACCGCACGCGAGCAUGAUGAAAUUCUCAACGCUCUCUUCGCUCGCAUACAAGAAUACGGAUUCCACCUCCGACCAGAAAAGUGCAGUUUCUACAAGGCGGAGAUCAAAUAUCUUGGCUACAUCGUGAACGCUGCAGGAAUCAAGCCGGACCCGGAAAAAGUCGCCGCCAUCUCUCGCAUGCCACAGCCUACAGACGUCAGCACACUCCGCUCUUUCCUGGGUGCAGCUAAUUUUUACGGGAAAUUCGUUCCGGAGAUUCACCGCAUCCGACGCCCGUUGGACGAUUUGCUGAAGAAAGGCAACAAGUUCGUUUGGACUGGGGCUUGCCAAGAAGCGUUCGAGAACAUCAAGAACGUGCUGCAAUCGGACCUUCUACUCACACACUACAACCCUGCGUUGGAGCUGAUAGUGGCCGGGGACGCUUCGAAGACUGGCGUGGGAGCGGUCAUCAUGCAUCGGUUUCCUGAUGGCCAGAUCAAAGCAAUCGCCCACGCAUCGAAAACGCUCACUUCAGCUGAACAAAACUACAGCCAGGUGGAAAAAGAAGCACUGGCUCUCGUUUUCGCGUUGGAGAAAUUCCGGCGCAUGCUGCUGGGACGAACGUUCAAACUCCAAACAGACCACAAGCCCCUUUUGCGAGUGUUCGGAUCUAAGAAAGGCAUACCACUACACACGGCAAACCGCCUGCAGCGUUGGGCCCUUUCUAUGCUUGGAUUCGACUUCGGAUUGGAGUACGUCUCAACGGAUCAUUUUGGCUACGCAGAUGUGCUCUCCCGUUUGAUUAGCAAUCAUCCGAAGCCAGACGAAGAAUUCGUUGUUGCUAACGUCUGUGUCGAGAAAGAGGUGAAAGCAAGUCUCCAAGAAAGCGUCGACGAUCUUCCGCUGAGUUUCAAGAAGCUCAAAACUGCAACAUCUUCCGAUCCUACGUUGCAGCUUGUCACCCGGUACAUCAACACCAGUUGGCCGCAUUCCAAACUGAUAAGCGAUUCCAAGUUGAAGGCAUUUCACUCCCGCAGAGACUCGCUAUCGGUGGUCAACGGAUGCAUAAUGAUGGAGGAUCGAGUUGUUGUUCCGGAGGUGUUGAGUCAGCGAAUCUUGCGGCAGAUCCACCGUGGUCAUCAAGGCAUGGAGCGGAUGAAAUCAAUCGCACGCAGUAUUGUUUUCUGGCCGAACAUAGAUGCAGACAUCCAGCAGUUGGUGCAUCAGUGCGGAAUUUGCGCCAUGGCCGCGAAGUCGCCAGCCCAUCAUCAACCUCAACCGUGGCCCAGAGCGGACGGCCCAUGGAAACGGAUUCAUCUGGAUUAUGCAGGUCCACUUGACGGCCUGUACUACUUGGUUGCUGUGGACUCCUUCUCGAAGUGGCCAGAGAUCUUCGCGACGCGCUCGACCACGUCAGCCGCUACCAUUCGCUUCCUGUUUGAGAUGUUCGCAAGAUUCGGCAUUCCGGAGACUAUCAUCACGGACAACGGAAGUCAAUUCUGCAGUGGGGAAUUCAAGGAAAUGUGUGAUAAACUCGGAAUCAUACACAUACGCACAGCACCCUAUCACCCGCAAUCGAAUGGACAAGCCGAGAGAUUUGUCGACACCCUCAAGCGGUCGCUGAAGAAACUCGUUGAAGGGGAAGGUAUGCCAUCGGCCGAAGCGUUGCAGACUUUUCUUCAGGUGUAUCGUUCAACACCCAGUGCUGUGCUAAACGGGAAGUCUCCUGCAGAAGAGAUGUUGGGCCGGCCAAUGAGGACAACGUUGGACCUAUUACGCCCACCAUCUCACCGUGACAGUCCGGCUGGUCCGCCUCAAGCAAAGUUUUCGACUGGAUCAACCGUGUACGCUAAGCUGUACAGUAAUGCCGAAAAGUGGAAAUGGGUCGCCGGAACUAUAAUCGAGGCAUUCGGUUCCGUUAACUUCAACGUGUUGCUGGAACACCCAUCGGGUCGCAGAAAACUUAUCAGGUCUCAUGCAAAUCAGCUACGCCUACGGUAUGAGGACCCCGGGUAUCACGCAAGACAGCCAACUACUGCGAAGUCACCGUUGAGCAUUUUGGUGGAUGACUUCGGCCUCAAACCACCGACACAGCCCAGCAGUUCUGCACAGCAUCCAGCACUUCUUCCAGAUCUACCAGAUGAUACCGACGAGUACGAGUCUGCCGAGUCCGAAGCUGAGCAAACAGCCCAACCUGCUGUUGUCGAACCUGCACCGUCCAUCCCGUCGCGACCCAAACGUCCUAUCAAACUUCCGGAAAGAUUGAAGAACUUCGUGAUGGGCUGAGUCUUCAAGGGGAGAUGCUACCGCAGAGUACAACCCUGCCGCGAGCGCAGUGUUGCGACCCUGUGCUGUCAGACACGCAAGAGAGAAAAAGUUGAGUUUAUGUAGAGACGCCAGAGAAUAAACAACACUAGUUUGUAGAAGCAAAAAAACACGUGUUUUGCUAGCUGCUAAACACAGCAGAAUGAAGAGCGUCUUCAGUGUAUUAGUGUAUUAAUUUGUCUGCUGGGCGGUCUGCGGUUCCCAUGUUCCCCGGUGGUCACAACCGGAAUCCGUUUUUGGCAAAACAUCCCCCUAACUGCAUUACACAAUAAAUGAACGCAGUUGCGAAAAAGC